AUGGUGAAGCCCCGCGGGAAGAUUGUGCGCGACCUGGAGAUCACAGCUCGCGACCUGUCGUUCAAGUCGGUGUGGCGCGAGCUACGUGAGCAAGGCCGGACGCGGAAGCCGCCCCCGAGACGCGGGCUGGACAACCGCUAUUUCUCCCUGCGACGUGAUGGUGACGCGAGCGGAGCGGACAGCGUUGAUAUCCUCUGCGGUGAAGAAGCUGUGCUGGUGUAUUAUGCAAACGACUGCCGAAGCAAGCGCCCGUGCUGCCGCUACUGCCACGACGGUCAUUUCGCCGCCCGGUCGACACCACCCGUGAUUUCUGUAGCUGCUGUUGCCCGUGAAGCUCCGGUUGCUGCUAUCGACCACGCAGCACAGCCGACGGCUACUGCCACCCGCGAUGCACCGCUUACUCCCCCCUCCACCUACCCACCCGUUCGGCACCAAGCGCCAGGCAAGCGUCCGGCCCGUCGCUCUGCUAGACGUUCGCUUGAAGAAGCGACAUGGUCGACAGCUCCGAGAACACCACCUCGAACCCCGCAAGUCCAGAUUGCGACAUCGCCUCACGUGACGCCUGGAGAUUCGGCUGACAACGAAGACGAUCAUGAUUCAAGUGCUGAUUCGGCGCUGUCGAACGGAGCUCCAAGCGACGUUGAGUCUGGCGUAAUCGAUUCGGGCGAUGAAACUGAGAAGGACGACGUCGAGACGGGAGAGUACGACUCGGACGAAGACAUGAAGUCCCACUGCCCUCCGAAUGAUUACCACGACGACCCGGAGGAGACCGAGCAGGAGAUCACGGCUGACGUUCUAUUUGCCGAGAACGUUUUGGGUCAGUUUGGCGGCGAAGACGAAGUUUUGGCGGGCAACUUCAAGAACCAAGCGCUGCAUACGGCUGAGUACCUCAUGACUCCGUACGAGCCUGUCAAUGACUCGGGGAGCUAUCCAAGUAUUCGUCGAGGCUACUCGGUGCCAACAGCGGACGUUUUUACGCCGGUGUGA